CUGUCAACGGUGAAGACGUUUGUCAUACGAAAAUGACGAAAAUAGUUUUUCUUUCUUUUUGCAUUUUAAACGCUUUACUCGUUUAUUCUGGCGAUUGUAAAUCAGCGGAUAAAAAUGAAGCGAACAUAAGACAGAAAAGAAACAGACCAUUUAUGAAAUACGAAGAAAACAAGUUAUCCAAUUUUCCAAACAUAGCACAAGAGGGAAAAUAUUGGUGCGGACCGGCGGUACUUGAGGCUAUUUUCCGAUAUUUUGGGGCAAAUAGCAGAGAUGUUUUUGGUUCAGCAAAUACCGACACUCACUUUCUUUGGCAAUAUAAUUUGGCGACACUCGCACAAACAGGUCCAACUGGAACUACUGGAGAGAAUCUUCAACGUGUUUUGAAUGAUCGCAACCAUCUUUUCGGGGGACAUACUUAUUCUAUUGAGUCCAUAUGUGCAGCAGACAUGGACUUAGAGUUUUUCUAUCGACAUGUCUAUUACAGUUUAAAAAAUAACAUACCAGUUGUAAUGGGAUAUCAUGGAUCUUCGGGUCCACAAAGCAAUAACAUGCCACUUGCCAGUAGUCCUUUCGACGUCCCGGUAUCAAACGAUCACAGCCAUUUUAUUGUUAUUUUUGGAAUUUCAUCACAUCGUCGAAAUCCUACAAGUGCAUCUGAAAUGACUUACAUUGCAAUGGAUCCAGGAAAUGGACGAGAAAUUCGAUUUUCCGUUGAUAAUUUAAGAUACUUUUUCACACGUGGAAGAUCGUACACGUGUCAUGGUGGAUAUUUGAUUUAUUACAAUCCACAUGUCUACGAUGAUGAUGUUGUAAUGGAAGGACAAAAACGACAUAUUAAUUCAUAUUUUCCAAACUUAAAUCUAGGAAAAUUCCAAAAUCGAAGAGCUGAUGAAAGUUCUAUUAGGAAACAAUUUAUUUCUAAUAAUCAACAUCUACCAUCAGAAUUGUUGAAUAAUAUAAGAGUCACCCAAAUUGCAAAUGGCAGAGCAACAAUCUCUAUAGAUACUGUUCACUAUACGGGUUCAACGACAGUUACUUUCAAAGAAAGUAGAUCGAUAAAUUGACGUUGGAACGCAAAACACAUCGUCCGGACUUUGCAAACCAUGUCCCUUCGCAAAAUUCACGAAGCAAGAGCAAGCGAAAAAAACAAUAAUUAUUAUUAUCAUAAAUCUCAAUAAUCUGAUACGAGACGUUUUUUGUUCGAAAUCGAAAUUAAUAAAGUUUUACUGACCAAAUAAAAAUUUCA